AUAUAUUUUUUUCUUUUCAGAAACAAGCCAAGACAAAAUCAACAGAUUUGAGUGAAAUUGGUAUUGCAAUAGAGCUGAUGCAUAUUCAACCUCCAGGUCGCCAUUUUGAUUCAAGUCUCUUUUAUCAAGAUAUAAUCCACAUGGAUGAUGAUGAAGGAGGGUUAUUGCCAGAUCCUGCUGAGAAGUUUGAAGAACUUCUUACCAGGGUGCAAAAAAAGGAGUACAAGAAACGGGCAAUGACAACUCUUCCAUUUAUGUUGGCAGAUGGAGUUGAGCUUGGGGUUUCUGUGUAUCAUCUUUGCAGAUCUGCAACAAAAUCUGGUUAUAUUAACCUGGAUAGUCGAACAAAUGAAGAAGUUAAAACUCACACCAAGUACAUUUGUGUGGAUACCGGUCGAGAGUUGUUGCCGACUGAUAUUAAGUAUUACCAAAUGUUUGGAGGGGAAAAGGUUAUCUUUGAAAAAGAAGAGGUUGCUGAGAUGAAAAACUUUGGUGAUCCAGGUCUUCUUUUAAUGGGAUUUAAGCCCAGAUCAUCUGUGAAGAACUAUUUUCAUAUCAGACCUGCGCAGUUUCUCUAUCCCAGUGAAAAGAGUGUUUCAGGAAGUACAACAUUAUUCUCUGCGCUUCUAAGCCGAAGUCUUGACAGAGAGGUGGUACCAAUAUGCCGAUACAUUCCAAGGAUCAAUACUCCACCGAGAUUUGUGGCACUCCUUCCACAGAAAGAAGAACUAGAUGAACACAACAAUCAAGCCACCCCUCCUGGUUUCCAUCUGGUAUUUCUUCCAUUUGCAGAUGACUUUAGAAAACUGAAAUAUGAAGAAACACCUACAGCCACAACAGAUCAGGUCAAUAAAGCCAAAGAUGUUAUCAAGCAACUCACAAUAGGAUUUGAUAGUUCACAGUUUGAGAAUCCUUCUUUACAGAAACAUUACAAGAACCUUGAGGCUCUGGCUUUAGACAGAGAUGAACCAGAAGAGGUUGUUGAUCUGACUGAACCCAAUGUGGAAGCAAUUGAUCGUAAAGCUGGAGAUGCCAUAAAGGCAUUCAAGGACCUGGUUUUUCCUGAUGAUUAUAAUCCAGCUGGCAAACCUGCACCUAAGAGAAAGGCAGGAGAUGCAUCAGGGGCUGCAGCAAAAAGAAGCAAAUCAGGAGAUGACGUUGAAAUUGACAUGAGAGAAGAGGCACAGAAAGGCAGACUUACCAAGCUCACUGUGCCAGUGUUAAAAGAGUUCGUAAAACAGGCAGGCAUUAAAUGUGGUACUAAAAAGGCUGAUCUGGUGGAAGCUAUCAAAGAACACUUCGGAGUUUGAUGCGAUUGUACUUUUUGGCACCUUUAUGAACAAUUGAAAUGAAUGGUUAUAUCCCUGUGCAGGAGUCAUUUAUUGUACUUAUUAUUAUUGUCUAGUCAAAAAUGUAAAAUAGUUUUAAAAAACAGUUUGUACACAUUUUUUGGGUAAAAUGAUGUAGAACAGAUAUAUUCACUCAUGAGGUAUGCAGUUUAUAAAAAAUCAAUAAAAGGGAAAAAAAUUCUAAACAUAAUUUGUUGUAAUAUGAAUGUUUGUAAACAUUUUGCAUAAUAAAUUAUUGAUAAUAAUGCCUAAUAAUGCCAAUUAUGGCACAUCAAUACCGGUAAAACCACUGCAUGUUAUCUUCAAAUAUCUUAGUAAAAGUUAUUUCCAGGGCUAAUAACAUAAUUAUUUCAAACAAAUGAUCAUUGCUUUGGAAAUAAACUUCAGGCACUCUUAAAAGUUUUGAACAAUUCUGAAGCAAAGUAUUAAUUCUGACUGACGUCAGAAUAUUCUGAGAAAUCUUUGGUCAUUACCCAACAAGACCUUUCUAAAACUGAUCUAUGGCCAGCCUGGACUCCCAUUUUGGCCCGACACUCAAUCAACAUCUUGAUUGACACUAAAUUGACAGAAGGUUGAUAGUCGGUCAAGUGACAACAGACUCAAAAGUUUUGAUCGACACUCGCUGUGAUGUCUGCAAAUAUCAGUAGACUCGACCAAGAUGUCGAUAAAGUGUCGAUUGAGUGUCAUUUGAAGUGUCAAUGGAGUAUCUAUCGAGCGAUUGUCGAUUGAGGGUCGAUCGAGUGUUGAUCGAGGGUAUCGAUCAAGGGCGUCGAUUGACAUUUGACUGCUGAUGCUUUUAGUACACAUGAUCCAUUGACUCAAUAGUAGUCUGAUUAUUGACAUAACAAAUAUUUCCGUAACCAUCAUCAUCCCAUCAACCAUCAACAUCAGUUCAUCAUCAUUGUCGUCGUCAUCAUCAUCACUGCCCUCACGUGAUGUGUUACAGAGAAAGCCCCACUCAGACUGUAUCCAAACACCAGCCACACAUCU